CCGGGGCAAGUUGACGACCGGGGCAAGACGACGAAUGGUUAGUUUCUCAAAUUAGUUGCUAGGUAGUAGCACCGGUCGAAUGUCAGUAGCGCUCCACACGGAUGGCCUCUGAAAUAACUGGCAGUGAAGACAAGUUCGCCAUUGUGUGUGUUGUUACAGCGGCUUGUUGUUUUUGGAGUGCGUUUUUGUAACUUUCGGCCUUUGCAUCGUAAGGUUUAUUGAAUACGCAGGUAAGAUAUGUUAAUUUUCAAUAUUACCUAUAUUUACCUUAUGUAUUAGGCUACUCAUAAAUACCAUGUUUGUUUAUAUUUAUCUUAAACUUAAUGCCAAUAAAAUUUACCUACUCUAUUACGGCCGCUCGGGGCAAGAUGACGUGGGGCAAGAUGGCGUGUUCGUCAUCUUGCCCCGGUUAAUUUUACUGGUGCAAAGCUGAAACUUUUAAGAAGUAUGGUUAUGCAUACAAUUUUGAUUUAAGUAAACUAAUAACUGACGACACUGUGAGACUUAACCACUUAUUUAAAAAAAAUUUAAUCUACACUUUUGUUUAACAAUUUUACUUUAGAAUUGAAUUUUUAUUAAUUUAAUAUGCGGGUACAGAUUUUUAGUUUUACUUUGGUUCCAGAGAUGGUGAGAAACUACAAAAAGACUUCCUCUAGAGGAGAGUGGGAAAAAAACCAACAUGGAUACUGCUUUCACAGAGGUCAAGGAGGGAAGAAUGACUUGCUUGGGAGCAGCGAGAACUUACAAUGUUCCAGAGGCAACACUUCGACGCCGACUGAAAAAGAACGUUUCGGAUAUGCCUGUCCAUGGAGGAAGAUAUAGAGAAGUAUUCAAUGAAGAGCAGCUCCAAGAUUUACACAACUAUUUGACGGUAAUGGACCAAAUGUUUUUUGGAAUGACCAAGUUGCAGUGCAGAAAACUCGUUUUUGAAUACGCAGAACACUUAGGGAUUUCUCAUCCGUUUAAUAAAGAAACUAAAAUGGCUGGUGAGGAUUGGCUGGCUACCUUUAUGAAAAAACACAACUUUAGUAUGCGUAAGCCAGAAGCAACAUCUGUUGCAAGAGCAAUGGGUUUCAACAAACCUAGUGUUGAUAAAUUUUUCUCCAUUUUGAAGGAAGUGCGAGAAAAACACAAUUUUCCCGCUGCUAAUAUCUACAAUGCAGAUGAAUCAGGACUAUCUACUGUGCCCAAUAAAUUACCUAAGGUAAUUUCACCAAAAGGAAGUAGAAGAGUUUCUAAAGUUGUGUCUGGGGAGAGAGGCAGGAACGUCACUAUUAUUUGUUGCAUCAAUGCUACGGGAACUUACCUACCCCCUUUUUUGGUAUUUGCCAGAAAGCGAAUGCGACCUGAACUCAUGGAAAGAGCUCCACCAGGUAGUGUGGGCCACUGCAGCGAUAAUGGCUGGAGCAACGGAGAGUUGUUCGUAAAGUUUUUGAACCACUUUAUCCUCAAUGCAAAACCCACAGUUGAUUCUCCUAUCCUGCUACUUGUCGAUAAUCACAGAACCCACAUAACCCUAGAGGCAAUCAACUUAUGCAGAGAUAACCAUAUUGUUAUGGUUGGAUUUCCUCCUCAUACAACACACCGUCUUCAGCCCUUGGACGUUUCAUUCUUUGGUUCGCUGAAAACCUUUUACAGUCAAGCUUGUGACAACUUCAUGGUCAAUAAUCCAGGACAGACCAUCAGUGACUUUAAAAUUGGUGAGCUUUUGACCAUUGCUUAUUUCAAGGCUGCAACUGUUGGCAAUGCCGUUAGUGGGUUCAGGUCCACAGGAAUAGAACCUUAUAAUCCACUUGUAUUCGACGAACAUGACUUUGCUGCAUCACAAACAACUGAUCAGAACCUGGAUGUAGGCCUAGACCCUAGCUAUAAUGAAGAUGAAAAUCCUACUAUCCAAUCAACAACAUCAAAUACAACAGAAACUCCAGGUGAACCUGAAGAAGAAACCAUUGAGCUGAGUGAACGCCAAGAAACAGUAGGCCUAGUAGACUGUGCCCCAAUCCCCGGUAAAGAAGAAUACAAGUGUCUUCGACUUUAA